CGUACCUCUUCGAGUUUCCUUACUCCUCCUCCUCCUAGAGUGACACCAUGCCUUCGGGCUCAUUCAUGUCGCCGCCGUCGCCCCGUCAUGAAUCUCGCUUUCGUUUUGCUCGCAAGGCCUCGUCGACCUUCACUAGUCCUGCCGAUUCACCAGCAUCUACUCCUCCAAAGCACGGGCCCCUUCACGACCUCAAACGCCUCCUUCAUAACCAUGUCGACCAACACCAUUCCCAGCACCCGGGUGGCAAUGACAAGGCGUCUACUCGUAAACGCUCUCCUUCAUCUUCCCAGCCGUCACCAUCGUCUCGUAGCUCGCCCGUCCCAGAAAGCUAUUUACAACCGGAUGAACCGCCGCCUGCAUCGGGCAGCAAUACGCCUCUCCAUCAUCACCACCAUCAACAGCACCACCGCCCUAUUCACUCUCUACAAGAAGCCACUCGGGCCCACCUUUCGAAAAAGUACGGCAAAUGGGGUCGGGUUCUUGGCAGCGGCGCUGGCGGCACCGUACGGCUCAUCAAGGCGAGCACGAAGAAUGGGGGCACCAUCUUCGCUGUCAAGGAGUUUCGCCCUAAGCGAACGGGUGAGACUGAGAAGGAGUAUCAGAAAAAGGUCACGGCAGAAUUUUGCGUCGGUUCUACCUUGAAACAUAGGAAUAUCAUCGAGACCGUGGAUAUUGUCUCAGAUCACGGUCAUUACUAUGAGGUUAUGGAAUACGCCCCGUACGACCUCUUCUCCGUCGUCAUGUCCGGCAAAAUGUGCAGACCCGAGAUAUACUGUGUUUUCCGGCAAAUUUGUGAUGGCGUUGAGUACCUCCAUGAACUCGGACUUGCUCACCGCGAUCUCAAGCUAGACAACUGUGUCAUGACCACUCACAACGUCGUCAAGCUCAUCGAUUUCGGCACUGCCACUGUGUUCCAUUAUCCCGGCAAGUCACAUAUACCAGCGACGGGCGUGGUCGGGAGCGACCCCUACCUCGCUCCGGAGGUCUUGUCCAGCGACUCAUAUGAUCCCAGAAAGAGCGACGUGUGGAGCGUGGCUAUUAUCUUUCUGUGCAUGGUCCUUAGGAGGUUCCCCUGGAAAAUCCCGGAUCCAAAGCAGGACCCGAGCUUCAGAGCAUUCGUGAAUGCCCACCCAGAUCUCAGCGUAGCCCCUGCACCAACGCCUAAGCGGGGCUUAACGAUACCAGUCGCGCCAAUUCUUAAUGGAGAGCAUGCAUUACAGGGGUGUUCAGCGACGAUACACCCGCCGUUAAGCGGCAACGGCAACAGCAAUCCACGACUCCUUCUACCUCCUCCACAGGUCAACCUCAAUGGCACACAAACCAAUGGUAAUUCGGAAGUAGCGUCGAUAGGCAAACCAGAAACGGCAUCGAUAGCCGCGUCUGAUGAUGGUUCCGAGUCGGAAUCAAAUAUUCCACGAACAAGAGAGUCACGCUCGAAUUCUCACUCGUCUUCUUCAACCAACUCAGUCGGUGUGGCAUCUGAAGACAAGCUCAUGUUUACCACGUUUGAUGGACCGGUCAGCCAGAGUACGGCUACGCUACCCCUGAUGAGCCCUCACCGCACACUUCAAUCCCCGCAUCUUCCACAUACACGGUUACCUACAGCAGACAAUGACCAAGACAUGGAUCCCUCAGUUCGGGUGUUUGAUCGGCCAGGAUCGUCGACGGAAUCACUACCUGUCAGUCCGCGGUCGUAUGCUCAGGUGUUUCCGACGACAGGUGGAGUGAGUACUAGUGAAGAGAUGCUUGCCACGCCACGGCUCCGGCCCAUUGAGAGGGCGCGGGCGACGACGUUUGAUGGGACAGUGAGAAGAGCACCUGCCGUUCAGGUCGAAGUAAUGGGCGGCGUCAAGGAGGAGGAAACUGAAACUUCAGAAAAGAAGGAGAAACAGUCACCUACUGCCGAUACAGUCUCUAAUGCUGCCAUAAAGAAGCGUACUCGCACUGAUAGUGUCACGACGUUCCACGGUGGAGGUGCGGAAAGUAUCUUCCGACUGCUACCCCGUGAAACGAGGCCGGCACUCCGGCGGAUGCUUUUUGUCGAGCCUAGCGCACGAUGCACGUUAACUGACCUAUUGAAGGGGCGUGGAAAGGGGAGCCGACUUUUGUGUGGUUGUGAGCCUGUAUUUGGCGGUGAGGUUGACUGUGUGGAUCAUGACGGUGAAGAGGACGAAGGUGACGAAUGGUUAAAGAGCAUUCUGCCGUGCAGCGACAUGGAGAGGGGUGAGAAGGCAGAUCACAUUCAUGUCAAGGUUACGGUGGACGAGAAGCAAGGAAAGAGGAGGUUCUUCUAGCAGGAAUUCAGCGGUAUAUAUGUGCGAUCUACCUUUAGACACCUACGGGACUCAAAAACUACCGCCACAUUAUCAGAUUCUUUUCUUAUGCUUUCUUCGAUAGACCAUUGCUUGCUUGUGAUGUAAUUAUACAGUACAACUAAUCUAUAACAGGCACGGCGCAUGUAUGGCGGUGACGAG